CCGCACCUCCUGCAGGACCCUGUCACCAAUGAACUUUUCUUUUUGUUCCUCCGGAGGUUCCGGACGCAGCAGGAGACACGAACCGGAGAAAACCCGUAAACAUUAGAGAUAAACAGAUCGAAACACACGGACAUGAGGUUGUCUAUACUCCGCAGAGCCUGUGGCAGUCUCCGGAUACAUCCAGGAAGCAGGGGCAGCGGUGUGGCGCACAAAUGCCCACCGGCUGGACCUGCGGGCUGCAGGCUGAUCCUCCGGCCGGCCAGCGGCUCCUCCAGCGGGGGAACCAGCCCGAGAGAGGCCGUCCGCCUCGGGAAGAAGCACCGGAGGGAAGACGGAAGGUUUGAGAGCGACAGUUCUUUGAAGAAAGUGGUUCAGAGCACGAAGGAGGCAAUGGUGGCUCUGCAGAGAAAGAAUCCCUCAAUCCAGCCUCUGUUAGCCAUUAUACAGGCAGGUGAAGAUGACGGCUUGUUGGAGAUCAAUAAGAAAAUGGCCGGAAAGAUCGGUUUGAACAUCACUCAGCUUUGCCUGGCAGAACAGUGCAGUGAGGAUGAAAUUAUAGAGGAGGUGUUAAAGCUCAACGAGGACCCCAGGGUGCAUGGUGUCUAUCUCCACCUUCCCCCGGCUUCACUCACCAGUCGAGUGCUCGACGCUCUCAAACCUGAAAAGGACAUAGAUGGCAUAACAGAUUUGAAUAUGGGACGUUUGGUACGUGGAGACUUGAGCAAAGGCUUUGUGUCGCCUAUGGCCAGAGCUGUCCUGGAUCUGCUGGAGAAACAUGAUAAUCAAUUGGAGGGAAAAACGGUGUUGCUGGUCGGAGGUGAAGGACCCUUCGCGUCGGCCCUCCAGUGCCUGAUGGAGAAAAGUGGAAUGGCUGCUGUCAAGAUCAACUGGAGCUCCAGAAUCCUGAAGCAACAGGUGAUGCAGGCGGAUGCUGUGGUCCUGUUGGGGUCUGGGAAGAUGGAUGUCCCAUCCACCUGGUUUAGACCCGAGGCUGCUGUCAUUCGCUGUGAGCCAGAUGACCAUGCCGCAGAGACGCCCUCUGAGUCUGAGUUAUGGAGCCUCACAGCAGCUUACAGGACACAGAACGUGGUACGUAGUUGCAGCCGGUGGAUCCAGGAGCAGCAGUACCGACCCUGGCGUCUGCGAAACCUCAAACUGCAGCCGCUGACACCAGUACCAAGUGAUAUAGAGAUUUCCAGAGCUCAGAUGCCCAAACCAGUGGACCAGCUGGCUCAGGAGGUUGGUCUGCUGCCAGAAGAGCUUGAAGCCUAUGGCAGGAACAAAGCUAAGGUCCGACUCUCCCUGUUAGACCGACUUCAUGCUGAGCCUGAUGGGAAAUAUGUACUGGUUGCUGGUAUAACUCCCACCCCACUUGGCGAAGGUAAAAGCACAGUGACCAUCGGCCUCGUCCAGGCUCUCACCGCCCAUCUGAAGCUCAACUCCUUCGCCUGUCUCCGGCAGCCGUCCCAGGGACCCACGUUUGGGGUUAAAGGGGGAGCUGCAGGAGGGGGAUAUGCCCAGGUCAUUCCUAUGGAGGAGUUCAACCUCCAUCUGACUGGUGACAUUCACGCCAUCACAGCUGCCAACAACCUGGUGGCAGCAGCCAUCGAUGCCAGGAUGCUCCACGAGGCGACGCAAUCAGACAAGGCUCUGUUUAAUCGACUGGUCCCGUCAGUGAAUGGAGUCAGACGGUUUUCACCCAUUCAGAUCUCCAGGCUUCGUCGUCUUGGCAUCAACUCAACAGACCCAGCGUCUCUCACACCACAGGAAGUUAGCGCCUUCGUCCGUCUGGACCUUGACCCUUCCAAGAUCACCUGGCAGAGAGUUCUUGAUACAAACGACCGUUUCUUGAGGAAGAUCACAAUUGGACAGGCGAGCACUGAAAAAGGACAGAUCAGAGAGACUGGGUUCGACAUCGCGGUGGCCAGUGAGAUCAUGGCCAUCCUGGCUCUGGCAGACAGCCUGGAGGACAUGAGAAACAGACUGGCAUGCAUGGUGGUGGGGACCAGUCGCUCAGGGCGGCCCGUCACCACAGAGGACCUGGGUGUGAGCGGAGCACUGGCGGUGUUAAUGAAAGAUGCCAUUAAGCCCACCCUGAUGCAGACCCUUGAGGGUACUCCAGUGUUUGUCCACGCCGGGCCUUUUGCCAACAUCGCCCAUGGCAACUCCUCGGUGUUGGCAGACAAGCUGGCUUUGAAGCUGGUCGGACAGGACGGCUUUGUGGUGACUGAAGCUGGUUUUGGAGCAGACAUCGGGAUGGAGAAAUUCUUCAACAUCAAAUGUCGGGCGUCGGGUUUGAGGCCUAAUGUGGUGGUGCUGGUUGCAACCGUCCGAGCGCUGAAGAUGCACGGAGGCGGUCCUAAUGUGUCAGCGGGUGCACCUCUUCCUCAAGAGUACAUUGAUGAGAAUCUGAGUCUGGUUGCAGGCGGUUGCCAUAGCAAUCUCAGAAAGCAGAUCCAGAUCGCACGUCUGUUUGGGAUACCGGUCGUGAUGGGGCUCAACGUCUUCAAGACAGACACCCAGGCAGAGAUUGACCUCGUGUGUCAGAUUGCGAAAGAGUGCGGCGCGUCUGAUGCCGUGCCAUGUCACCACUGGGCGCAGGGCGGGCGAGGGUCUCUGGAGCUGGCCCACGCUGUGAACGAAGCUGCCAGCAGACCCAGCAACUUCCAGUUCCUGUACGACAGAGAGAUGCCGAUAGCAGAGAAGAUCAGAACAAUCGCCCAGAGAGUGUACGGAGCGGACGAUAUCGAGCUGUCUCCAGCAGCUGAAGCCAAGAUCGAUUACUACAAUCAACAGGGCUACGGUGCGUUGCCCAUCUGCAUGGCCAAGACCCACCUGUCCCUGUCCCACAUGCCCGACAAGAAGGGGGCACCCACGGGAUUUGUUCUGCCAAUCAGAGAAGUUCGUGCCAGCAUCGGGGCCGGCUUCAUCUACCCACUCGUGGGAACGAUGAGCACGAUGCCCGGCCUGCCAACCCGACCCUGUUUCUACGACAUCGACCUGGACCCGGUCACAGAGGAGAUCACCGGGCUCUUCUGAGCAUGCUCCACUUAAUGAUAACCAUAUCGGUAUUAACACAUAUACAUUAAUAAAAAAGAUUCUACCAUUCCGGUCAUUUCACAGCGCUGACGUUAUAGGUAGUUAAUGUUUAUAUAACCUGUUUCAUGAGGCUUUAUUUUCUCCCUGGAGUUUCCUACGGUUUACUACAUGCGCCCGCUGCCAGGCCUCCAGUCUGUGAGGCUGCACUCGGUUCAUCAGCUUGUUUGUGGCUCAGGCUCUCUGCUGUUUUUAAGAUCUUCAGCUCCAUGUGUGCAUCGUAAAAUCCAUCCACCCAGCGCACGUCUGACAGGUUUUCAUUGCGCUUCCUUCACAGGAACAUGUUCUAAAGAAAACGCACAAAAAAUACAAACGCAGAUUACAAACUCGUGCUGUGUUUGCACAUUUGUGUGAUAAAGCCAAAGAUUUUCUCUGUUUGGAAAAGUUACUGAAGUCUUCAAACCAUUUUGACAUUUCUUUUUAUGUUUUAUUCUUUUGUGGAAAACAAGCGACUCAAAUGUCCCCCAGUGGUGCCACAGAUUUUAUGUGCAUCUUAAGCUUUUGUGUAUUUAUUAACUAAGUUGCUGAUGCACACACAAAAAGCCUUUUUAUGGUAUUUACGUCUUUUUUCUUACACCUCUAUACUCCUAACUCUUAAAUCACCACGUUACAAGUUGCACUCGUUAUUUUAAGUCAGUUUUAAGAUAUUUUUAAGUAUUCUAUUUUAUGUGAGGAAAUAUAUCCAGCCUGUAAUCACAUUUCAGUGUUUACCCCAGGAAAUUGUGCAGCAGAGGAGCUAUAAAAUACCCUCACUCGUUUAAUAGAUGUCAUUUGCUGUGUUAAAUAACACAUUUCCUGUUUUUCUCUGCUUUAUUUCAUUACAAUGUUCUCAUAUUUUAUGAUAUUUCUGGGGGGUUUCCUUAAUUUCAAGCGAGGUGUCCCACGUCUGCAGUAGACGGCUGUGGGAAUUUUACAUUUUAGUACAACACAUUCAUCUCUCUGAGUUGCUCCCACGCAGGUGGUGGCUGGUUUACAUGCAAACUAAUGAAUGUAUCGCUGCUGUUACAGUUACAAGCUAGUUUUGUUUGUCUGAUACCAAAUCCAGAAUCUGUGUCCUGACUUGUGCCUUCAUGAUUUAAAACCUUAGAAAUAUCAUGAUGUGACCGUAAUUAUGUUUAAUGUUUUGUUGUGGCCUAACUCGAAUAUCAGAUUUGAAGCCAUAUUUUGUAUUCUUCUCAUGGACAGUUGUGUGUUGAACAUUUUGGUUCUCAUGAACUAAAUGUGCCUUUCAAAUAAACCUUUCAUUCACUCCAAA